CACAUAUCACCCAAACCAACAUACCGGACUCACACCAAAAUGAAUCUCAAACACUUCUUCCUCCUUGCUUGCCCUAUCUCCCUGGCCAUUGCCAACAGCACCCCGAACACCGUCGCUCCCCGGAGCCCCCAGUCAACCAGUCUCUUGGACGACCUGCCGACCAUCGUCGACGGAGUCAAGGACCUUCUUAGCACAGAAACCGUCAAUAACAUCGAGACGGUCGUGAAGGGUGCCGCCGUGCUGCUCGGUGGAGAUACACCCCAGAAUCUGCAGAAGCUGCUAUCCAGCAGCAAUAUCGACAAGCUGCAGGAUAUCAUCGACAAUGCGGAUACAUUGCUGACGAGCACGUUCGUCAAUAAGACCAGUUCAUUGAUUGAUGAUGCUUUGCCGCUCGUCUCUGACUUCGGGCAAAUUAUGGAUGCGAUUAUAAAGACUUCUUAA